GAGCUCGAGAGCCUCCCGAGUCGGAGGGGGGUCUCCGGUGCGUUCCUCGCUCGCUGGUUCUCUCCGGCGGCGGGUGCGCACACGCCCGCAGCGUCCCGCCCCCGCGCGCCGCGGUGUCCCCAGUGGUCCCCGGGCCGCUGAGGACAACAUGCGGGACUACGAGGAGGUGACCGCCUUCCUGGGCGAGUGGGGGCCCUUCCAGCGCCUCAUCUUCUUCCUGCUCAGUGCCAGCAUCAUCCCCAAUGGCUUCAACGGUAUGUCAGUCGUGUUUCUGACGGGGACCCCGGAGCACCACUGCCGUGUGCCGGACACCGCGAAUCUGAGCAGCGCGUGGCGUAACCACAGUAUCCCGCUGGUGCUGCAGGACGAUCGCCAGGUGCCCCACAGCUGCCGCCGCUACCGGCUAGCUACCAUCUCCAACUUCUCAGCGCUCGGGUUGGAACCGGGACGCGACGUGGACCUGGAGCAGCUGGAGCAGGAGAGCUGCCUGGAUGGCUGGGAAUUCAGCCAGGACAUCUACCUGUCCACCAUCGUAACCGAGUGGAACCUGGUGUGUGAAGAUGACUGGAAGCCCCCGCUUACCAUCUCCUUGUUUUUUGUGGGUGUGCUGCUGGGCUCUUUCAUUUCUGGGCAGCUCUCAGACAGGUUUGGUCGGAAGAACGUGCUGUUUGUGACCAUGGGCAUGCAGACAGGCUUCAGCUUCCUACAGAUCUUCUCAAAGAACUUCGAGAUGUUUACUGUGCUGUUUGUCCUUGUAGGCAUGGGCCAGAUCUCCAACUACGUGGCAGCAUUUGUCCUGGGAACUGAAAUUCUUGGCAAGUCAAUUCGUAUUAUAUUCUCCACGUUAGGAGUAUGCAUAUUUUAUGCCUUUGGCUUCAUGGUGCUGCCACUGUUUGCUUACUUCAUCAGAGACUGGCGGAUGCUGCUGCUGGCACUGACUGUGCCCGGAGUGCUGUGUGCUGCGCUCUGGUGGUUUAUCCCUGAGUCCCCUCGAUGGCUCAUCUCUCAGGGACGAUACAAAGAGGCUGAGGUGAUCAUUCGCAAAGCUGCCAAAAUCAAUGGAAUUGUUGCACCCUCCACUAUCUUUGACCCUAGUGAGUUACAAGACCUACGUUCCAAGAAGCAGCAGUCCCACCGCAUCCUGGAUCUGUUCCGAACCCGAAAUAUCCGAAUAGUCACUAUCAUGUCCAUAAUCCUGUGGCUGACCAUUGCAGUGGGCUACUUUGGACUUUCCCUUGAUACUCCUAACUUGCAUGGAGACAUCUAUUUGAACUGCUUUCUUUCGGCGGUGGUUGAAGUCCCAGCAUACGUGUUAGCCUGGCUGCUGCUGCAACAUGUGCCCCGGCGCUAUUCCAUGGCCACUGCUCUCUUCCUGGGUGGCAGUGUCCUUCUCUUCGUGCAGCUGGUGCCCCCAGACUUGUAUUACUUGGCUACAGUCCUGGUGAUGAUAGGGAAGUUUGGCAUCACUUCUGCCUUCUCCAUGGUCUACGUGUACACAGCUGAGCUAUACCCCACAGUGGUCAGAAACAUGGGUGUGGGAGUCAGCUCCACAGCAUCCCGCCUGGGCAGCAUCCUGUCUCCCUACUUUGUUUACCUUGGUGCCUAUGAUCGCUUCCUGCCCUACAUUCUCAUGGGAAGUCUGACCAUCUUGACAGCCAUCCUCACCUUGUUCUUCCCAGAAAGCUUUGGCAGCCCUCUCCCCGACACCAUUGACCAGAUGUUAAGGGUCAAAGGAAUAAAAUAUAGGCAAACCCCAAGCCAAACAAGAAUGUUAAAGGAUGGUGAAGAAAGCCCCACAAUCCUUAAGAGCACAGCCUUUUAACACAACCUCCAGUGAGAGAGGAACUGAAAAGGAAAGCCUGCAUCUUGUCAGAAAUGGCUGUGCAGACUCCGAGUCCAAUAGUGACAAAUGCUUUUGCUGUUUAUUCUGUUGACCCUGUGUCUGGUUUGCUCGUGGAUGAGCAUCAUACGCACUCACAGGAUGCAUAUAUAGGAUCCUGGAUAUAUACGGUUCCUCCAGGGACACCAUGGCUACCUACAGACAACUUGUGUAUGUCCUAACUAUUACAGUGAUAGACAUGGCACUUCCUAAGAAGCCGAUGGCUCACUAGAUCCUGUAGGAUUUGGAAGAAUACAAGAGGCAUCUGCUAGAUAUAUAUUUUAAUCUUGGACUACCUGAAAAGGCCCCUGAUAAAAUGGAGGUCUGAGUUUUCUCCCUUCUUUCCCUACAUGAUGAACUUAAGAGGAAAAAAAUAUUCCACAGGGGAAGUUUGAUUUCUCACCUUUUCUCAGUUACAGAGGACAUUAACUGGGAUGUUGCAUCCCCCGGUAGGGAGGAGCACAGGCUUUAGGGAAAUGUAAAUAUGAUUCAGAUGAAGAGUUCUGAGCAGAUGCAGAACAUGGGCAGGUGAUUUGUGACCACACUAUGACUGCUGGGCAGGCUUGUUUACAUCUGAUCAAAGCACUGGGCUUGUCAGGCCCAUAAGUCUGCUCUCUGUGUUUUCUACUGCUGUGUAAAUCAAGCCUCCUCACUACUAGAGCUUCUUAUCUGUGGUUUGAAGGAAGUGUAUCAGUGAGAAAUUGUCUCCCCUCUCGAAACUGUAUUGAGAGGUUUUGUUGUUUUUGUUUGUUUGUUGUGUCUUCUCCUUCUUAAGUUAUUUGCCCUUCAGCAAACACCUGGGAAAGGCUACUUCUUUAGCUUCCUGGCUUGUGCCCCCAACCACUGUACAAGGCCUUACCAGCCUUAGCCACUAGCACUUCUCUGAGUGCCAAAAAAAAAAAAAAGAUGUGAUUGUAUGUGUUCCUCUUGUGGUACCUAAUCAUGGGGAAAAUUACAAGAAAGAAUUGUAAAUCACAUUCACAAUCUUUCAGAGUUGCUCAGUUUAGUCACAUAACAUUAUUGGGAGAUAUUUUGUGUUCAAUGUAAUUGUCUUUUCUAAUUAUGUUACCAUGGUACUCCUAAAGCAUAUGUUUCACCUGGUUUUUUUAAAAAAAUGUAUUUUUGUGAAAGCUACUGAAGUGCCUUGGGAAAUUAAGAAAGUUUUAAUAAAUAAAAUGAUUUUUUAAAAUAAUAGCAA